AAAUAAUCAAAGUCAAGAGAUUUUGGAUUCAAAGACAUCAUGAGACAAGUCUUUCAAGGAAUUUAAAGUUUACAAAUGAUUCUUUGUGGUGUAUCAUCGACGAAUGUGUAGAAAUGUGUACCCCAAUCUUGGGUUGAGUCAUAGAAAUAGCACAUAGCACAUUCAAAAUGAUAAAGUGAGCGUUUAAACAAUCGCCGAACAAACACGAAGGACGACAUUGAACGGUUACAUAUUUAAGUGUAUUUAAUAUAAAGCCCACUAUCGCCUGAAGCAAUGCAACAGUUAUGUUGCUGUCUGACCAGCCGUACGGAUAAAGUAUCACCUGGUGAAUCGUUCGACCACUCUAAAUCACCUUCACCCAGCAGCCAUGAGUCGAUUAAUGUGUUCCGCACGGAACGUCAAUGUACGGAUAUAAUGUUUAUUGCCCUCAAGGCAGCGUUCAUUCUGAUUCUGCUGGUACUCAUUAUCUACUGCAUGGCGUUUGGAGAUAUCUAUCGCAUAAUAAAUGGCUAUGAUGACUGCGCCAAUGUGUGUGGCCGCGACAACAAGCCGGACCAGAAUCUUCCGUGCAAGGGGGCAGAUAGGACGGGCGAACGAUUUUUGUUGGUUGAAGGAUCCGGAUCGACGGAAAGCGAUCUGCAUCGUAUGUGUGUCGCAAGCUGCGAAGAAGUCGAAGGAUUCAAACCAUUUCUUAACCGCUGCAUUCGGAAGAACAACCCCACGGAUGAGGUGGCGACACGUACCGGACUAAAGAACUUUUUCCAAGAAGUAUCUGAGGAUUUGGAAGCCUGUCAUCGGGAAAUGCUUUGGCUCGCGGUUAUAUCGUUUGUGUUUUCCCUCCUCACACUCGUGCUGCUGCGCGUUAUACCGGGCCUGAUCGUAUGGUUAGUGCUGCUAGCCGUUGUGUUGGCCUGCACUGCCGGUACAAUCUGGCUGUGGUUUCGUUGGCAAUACGAAUCGGAACACCUGUCGGAAGGUGCAGCCGAUUCGGCACGGAUGCGAAUGAACAACUGGCUGUACUAUGCCAUCGCGGCCACUAUCGUUACGCUGCUAGUGUAUCUGGUCAUAUUGGUGAUGCGCAAACGGAUCAAACUAGUCGUGCAGCUGUUUAAAGAAGCGGGAAAAGCAAUUGCCAGUAUGCCAUUUCUGUUGGCAGAACCGAUUUUGACUUUCACCACUAUCGCGGUAGUAAUUGUCCUGUACGUUUAUUUUACUGUGUGGAUCGAAAGUUCCGGCAUGCUGGUGGUGGAAAGUAACAAUAGCGCCAAAUACAUGAAGGACUCUACCAUGCUAUUCACGCGUUGGUACAAUCUGUUCGCAUUCUUGUGGUUUUGUCAGUUCAUUAUCGGUUGCCAACACAUGGUCAUAGCGGGAGCGGUAGCCGGUUGGUUCUUCACACGCAAUAAAGCCCACUUAAGUAAUCCGAUCGGGCGUAGUUACUGUAAUUUGCUGCGCUAUCAUCUCGGUACGGUGGCAUUGGGUUCUUUCGUGAUUGCAGUGGUACAGUUACUAAGGACGAUGCUUAAGCUACUAAUGCACUCGGUACGCAAUCCACAGAACCGCAUCACCAAUUUUCUAUUCGACUGUUGCCAGUGUUGUUUGCAGUGCUUUGAACGGUUUCUGCAGUACCUGACACGCAACGCUUACAUACUAACGGCGAUGCAUGGGGAUCCAUUUUGUCAGGCGGGCAAAAAUGCGUUCCGGCUGCUAACUAACAAUGCGCUGCGCGUUUUUGCCAUCAACUCCGUGGGCGAUUUCGUAUUGGUGCUGGCUAAAGUGUUUGUCGUAGUGGCGACGGGACUGAUCGGGAUGGAACUAAUUCAGAAAAAGGCAGGACUACACCAUCCGUACGUACCGCUGAUAUUGGUCGGUAUCUUUGCCUACCUGGUGGCACACUGCUUUAUGACCGUGUAUGAGAUGACGGUUGAUACUAUCUUCCUAUGUUUCUGUGAAGAUUGUGAAAGCAACGACGGUAUAAGCCGACCGUACUACAUGUCUCGUGGGCUGAUGGAAUUUGUACAGAACUCAAAAAAAGCUCUUUCGAUCAGCGAAAAAGGAUCCAGCAGAACCAAACAAUCUGUACAGGAUGGAAAAGCCUGGAUGGGAGCGACAAAACCGACCGGCACGCCCAACGAUGGAACCGCUCAGCAACGAGCUACGGCCAUUUCAGAAACAGUAGACUGAUUUAAAUUUCUGAGCUUAUUUAAGGCAGUAACGGCAGCAGGCCAUUGCAUCUCGGAAUAGUAUUGUUGCAACGGAAUCUGUAUAAUGCUACGACUUUUCUAACUUUAAUACUGGCGGUGUUUUGCUUUUGCUUUUCAGAAACCUGCACACACACACAUACAAUUUUGUAAACAUUUUUCGACUUACUUGGCACGUUUUUGGAAGUACCAAUUUUAAAAUAAUAUUAUGAAAUAAAUGAUCGCGUGAUGAUUCA